CCAAAAAAAAAAAAAAUGAUGAAAAAUUGAACUGAAAACCACAGAGAUUCAUCGUCUCGAUCGAUCCUCACUGUAACUCCGCCAUAUUGGCACCUCUCUCUGAGAUUCAUCGUUGCGAUCGAUCUUCACUGUAACUCCGCCAUAUUGGCACCUCUCCCCCCCCCCCCCCCCCCCCUCUGUGAAUUUCAAUUCAGUUAUGGCGGAGUUCCAGGACCUGGAGGCACAGGACGCCGUGCGAAUGCCGUGGAACGUGCUUCCGGGCACGAAGCAAGAGUCCUCCGCCACCUCCGUCGUCCCAAUCGCUGCCGUCUACACACCGCUGAAGCCCUUCCCGUCGAUGCCCCUCCUCCCCUACUCCCCCCUCCGCUGCCGGACCUGCCGAUCGGUCCUCAACCCCUUCGCCAUCGUAGACUUCGCCGCCAAGAUCUGGAUCUGCCCCUUCUGCCUCCACCGCAACCACUUCCCUCCCCACUACCAUUCCAUCUCCGACUUGAAUCUCCCCGCUGAACUCUUCCCCCAGUACACCACCAUCGAGUACGAAUCCACUCCCGAAAAGCCCUCCGUCCCGCUGGUUUUCCUCUUCGUCGUCGAUACCUGUAUGAUCGAGGAGGAAAUAGCGUUUCUGAAAUCCGCGCUUUCCCAGGCAGUGGGCCUUCUGCCGGAGAAUUCGCUCGUUGGCUUGAUCACGUUCGGCACCUACGUGUAUGUCCACGAACUGGGAAACGGUUUGAUUCCUAAGGUGUAUGUGUUCAAGGGGUCCAGGGAGGUGACCAAGGAUCAGGUUCUGGAGCAGAUGGGAUUUUUCGCCAAGCGGCCGAGGCCGGCCACCGGGGUGAUUGCCGGCGUGAGGGAUGGGCUUUCGCAGGAGAGCAUUGGCCGGUUCUUGGUGUCUGCAUCCGAGGGCGAGUUUGCAAUCAAUACGGUAUUGGAGGAGCUUCAAAAAGAUCCAUGGCCUGUCCCGACAGAUCAAAGGGCAACGAGAUGUACUGGCACAGCAUUGAAUGUGGCUGCACAUUUGUUAGGAGCAUGUGUUCCAGGUUGUGGGGCUAGGAUCAUGGCUUUUAUUGGAGGGCCUUCAACAGAAGGGUUGGGUGCUAUUGUGUCAAAAACUUUAUCUGAGCCUAUACGCUCUCACAAGGACCUUGAUAAAGAUUCUGCUCCCUAUUAUCAUAAAGCUGUGAAGUUCUAUGAAGGACUUGCAAAGCAGCUUGUACAUCAAGGGCAUGUCCUUGACCUCUUUGCUUGUGCACUUGAUCAGGUUGGGGUUGCUGAGCUUAAAGUAGCAGUUGAAAGAACUGGAGGACUUGUUGCCCUUGCAGAAAGUUUUGGCCAUUCAGUUUUCAAGGAUUCUCUCAAACGUGUUUUCCAAUCUGGUGACUAUGAUCUCGGUCUAUCAUCAAGUGGUAUAUUUGAGGUCAACUGUUCAAAGGAUAUCAGAAUUCAGGGCAUUCUUGGUCCUUGUGCAUCUCUUGAUAAGAAAGGUCCUAUAUGCUCUGAAAUUGUUAUUGGUCAGGGAAAUACCACUGCAUGGAAGAUGUGCGGCCUUGACAAGGCAACAUCCCUGUGCCUUUUAUUUGAAGUUGUGAAGAAGGACAGCCCAGAAACUAUUGUUCAAUCAGCCAACAAUCAAUUCUACUUUCAAUUUUUAACUUAUUAUCAACAUACUAGUGGACAGAUGAGACUUCGAGUGACUACCCUCUCCAGAAGAUGGGUUGCUGGACCUGGAACCAAACAGGACUUAAUUGCUGGGUUUGACCAAGAAGCAGCUGCUGUGGUCAUGGCACGCUUAGUUUCUUUCAAAAUGGAAACUGAGGCAGAAUUUGAUCCUAUAAGAUGGCUAGAUAAGUCAUUAAUACAUGUAUGUUCUCGCUUUGGAGAUUACCAAAAGGACAGCCCAUUGUCAUUCAGCUUAUCUCCAAGGUUGUCAAUAUUUCCUCAAUUUGUGUUUCAUUUACGGCGUUCUCAAUUUGUGCAGGUUUUCAACAACAGCCCUGAUGAGACAGCAUAUUUUAGAAUGAUAUUAAACCGGGAAAAUGUUGCUAAUUCAGUUGUGAUGAUUCAGCCUUCAUUGAUCUCUUACUCUUUUCAUUCUAGCCCAGAACCAGCUCUCCUUGACGUGGCUGCAAUUGUCUCUGAUAGGAUCUUACUUUUGGAUUCUUAUUUCACUGUUGUCGUAUUUCAUGGUUCUACUAUUGCUCAGUGGCGAAAAGCUGGAUACCAUAAUCAGCCUGAACAUGUGGCAUUUGCCCAGCUGUUGCAAGCUCCUCAAGAUGAUGCAAAUGCAAUAAUCAAAGAGAGAUUUCCAGUACCCCGUUUAGUAAUUUGCGAUCAGCAUGGCUCCCAGGCUCGUUUUAUGCUGGCAAAAUUGAAUCCUUCAUCUACAUACAGCUCUGAUAUUCCUGCUCCUGAAAGGGAAGUUCUCUUUACAGAUGAUGUGAGUUUUGAAGUCUUCUUAGAUCAUUUGCAGCGGUUAGCAGUUCAAUAGACUACCUACCUAUCUUGCUGAUCAUCUUCAGAGUUUAGCAGUUAAAUAUAGCACGACAGUACCUUCUAAAAUUUUGUAAGAUGUAGUCUGAAUUGGUUGUACAGAAAUGUGCACAUUAGCAUUUAUUUUAAAAUUGUCAUCAGCUUGUUCUUAGUUGUUUGCAAAAGCUUGUACUGAUUUUUGAAUGGUAUCAAUAAUGUGAGGUGAUCAAACACCUCAACAUGGCCUUCUUCCCUCC